AAACAGAUGAAAUUUUUCUAAUCAAAAUGCCGUGAGGACUAUUUCGUAAAUAAGUUAUUUAAAUUUUAAAAAUCUACUGUACGUCGGAGAUCGCUAUGUCAACAAUGAUGCGAGUAAUUAUCAUCUGUGGGCUGCUAGGAUAUCUUAAUGCUGAGGAAACGUCAACGUUCAUUCCAGUAAAUCGUGGUGCUGCACGUCAAAUGUUUGGCAGUGGUAACUUACGUCAACCUGCUACAGGAGCUCCUGAUUCGGGAAUGACUACUCCGAAGUCGUCGUUCCAGGAGACUAAGGAUCGGGGAUCCAAUAAUGUCAGGCAUGACAAGGGACGGAAGCCUGGGCGAGAUGGUUACAAUGGCAACGGGUAUAAUAGGGGGUCCAAGUAUCCAGAUUUCUACCCACGGUUUCCUGGGCCGGAUUACGAUGAGCCUUUUGACGUUCCCAGUUAUAGGAAUGGAGCUCCAGUCAAUGGGAUCUACACACAAGGCAGACCUGGUGGACGAGGCGUAGAUCGAUCACGACCUGGAAUUUAUGACGGAGUCUACGGAGAGCUGCCUGAUAGAAUGAGGAUCCAUCAUGGCCUAUCACGUGGCCACGGUGUAAAUCCCGCUGGAGUUGAUUCAGAUCGUUUCGACCCUGACCAGAAGAGUCUGAUCCAUGAGCUAGAUGACGAAAGUGACCUCAACCCGGUCUACAUACCCUGCACUUAUGAUUGUGACAACGAUCAAUUUCUAUGUGUCAGCACUUGCAGCUGCAUCAAUUUCAAUCAUCGCUGUGAUGGUUCCGCCGAUUGUGAGAACGCAGAGGACGAAAUGGAGUGCGAGAACGUUUACGAAUCACGUCGGUCUAACGGCACAUGCAGUGGGGAAAAGAAAAUCCUGUGCCCAGAAUCAGGAAUUUGCAUUUCUGAGCAGUGGUUAUGUGACGGCGAUGAUGAUUGCGGUGAUUACUCGGAUGAAAGUCACUGCGGUGAUAAGAAAAAUUGUACAGCUGAUCAAUAUGAAUGCCGAAAUGGGCUCUGUAUACCGGGAUCAUGGCGCUGUGACGGUGAAAAUGAUUGUCGUGAUUUUUCAGAUGAAGAAAACUGCGGUGGUAAAAGGCAAUGUAAAGAAGAUGAGCAUACGUGCCCUGAGGGCUCGUGCAUUCCCCGAAAGUACGUUUGUGACGGUGAUGCAGACUGUGAAGACGGCUCUGAUGAACUGAAAUGCCACGGAAUACGUGAGGUAGUUUGCGAUGCAAAUCACUUUGAGUGUGCGACGCCCAAAUGUAUUCGCAAGGAGUUUAGAUGCGAUGGAACUGAUGAUUGUGGGGACGCUAGUGACGAGGAAGGCUGCUUUGAAUUCUGCAAUGCUAAUCAGUUUAAAUGUAUCAAUGGGACGUGUAUCAGCAAAGCGUUUGUGUGUAAUGACCACUGGGACUGUAAAUCUGGUGAAGAUGAAGCUGUUUGCAAAACUGCACCACCCAAAAGCUGUGGCCCGGACGAAUUCACUUGUACCUUUGGCGACUGUAUUCCGAAGAUUUGGGUGUGUGACGGCGCUCCGGAUUGUACGAAUGCCGCAGACGAGGAAGGCUGCCUUACGACCUGUGAUGCUACGGAGUAUCUCUGCAAGGCUCCUACGCCUUCGAAUAUGUCAACAAAUCAACAUCCGCAUGUUACUCCCUACUGCAUUGCACGUAAACACUUGUGUGAUGGCUUGGCCGAUUGUCCUUUGAAGGAAGAUGAGAAGGAUUGUCCCAAGCGACGUAAUUGCACUUCUACGGACAAGUGCACUCAACACUGCGUCUUGACGGUCACAGGAGAGAAAACUUGUUCAUGUGACGUAGGGUUUACUUUGGCAAAAGAUAAUGCGACAUGUCAGGAUAUUGACGAAUGCGCGUUUACUAGGGAACCAGUCUGCAGUCAAGUCUGCCACAAUACGAUGGGUUCGUUCGUUUGUGGAUGCAUUAUUGGGUAUGUCCUGAGACCAGACUUGAGGACAUGCAAGGCAGUAGGUGGCAAUCCUAGUCUUAUAUUCACAAACCGGGUGGAAAUACGUAAAGUCAGUCUGGAACCUUCAUCGGCGUCUAAGUACACGCCGAUAGUCAAGGGUCUGCAUAACGCAAUUGCUAUGGACUAUCAUUAUGACCGAGGCAUAAUCUAUUGGUCAGAUGUCUCCUUAGAUGUCAUCAAAAAGGUCUAUGUAAACGGCAGCAAUCCGGAAGAUGUCAUACGCUGGGGUCUGGAGAGUCCUGGAGGCAUAGCUAUUGACUGGAUCCAUAACCUUCUCUUCUGGACCGACGGAGGAACCCGUCGAGUUGAGGUUCUAACUUUGGACACCCGAAUCCGACAUGUCCUUAUCUCUAAUGAUCUAGACAAACCCCGAGCUAUCGCCGUCCAUCCACACUACGGCUACGUUUUCUGGACAGACUGGGGUCCUUCGCCUAAAAUAGAACGUGCUGAUAUGGAUGGUACUUCCAGACUUGCUUUGAUCACGGACUCGAUCACUUGGCCCAAUGGACUAACCAUCGACUACCCGACUGACAGAAUUUUUUGGACCGAUGCCAAGCAUCGGGUCAUAAUGUCCGCGAAGCUCGACGGUACCGAUAGAAAAAAAAUUCUUAGUAAGGGUCUGCAUCAUCCAUUUGCGAUUACUGUCUUCGAAGACACGAUUUACUGGACCGACUGGCAUUUCAAAAGUAUCUCGUCAGCUAACAAAGAAACGGGACACGGAUUUAAAACCAUACGGUCUGGUCUACACUUUCCCAUGGAUCUGCACAGCUAUCACAAGCAGCGUCAACCCGCAUACCCCAAUCACUGUGGCAAUAACAAUGGUCGGUGUUCUCAUAUGUGUUUGCCCAACAGUGCAGGCUACAGCUGCGUGUGUCCCGUCGACUUGAAGCUAAAACGCGAUGGUAAAAACUGCGCUGAUGACAAUUUCCUUAUUCUUGCACGUAAAAGAGACCUACGAUUGAUUCCCGUGGACAAACCGAUGCGUGCUUUUGAUACCGUGAUUCCGGUGGAUCACGUCCAGAGCGCGGUAGCUUUAGCCUGGGACUCAGAUGACGAUAUGGUUUACUGGACUGACGUAGAACUAGACACGAUAAGUCGUGCGCACUUGAACGGUACUAAUCAGACGAUAGUUAUCAGUCAUAAUCUUGAGUCCCCUGCUGGGUUGGCCUUGGACUGGAUCACCAAGAAGUUGUACUGGACUGACGCGGGUACUAAUCGUAUUGAGUGUUCUAAUUUGAAUGGCAGCAUGAGAACUCUUCUCAUUUACGAAGGACUGGAUAAGCCACGUGAUAUCGUCGUGGAUCCAAUCGCUGGACACAUGUACUGGAGCGACUGGGGAGCUAAGCCGAAGAUAGAACAAGCUUCGAUGGACGGUAGCAACCGCCAAGUGCUUAUUAGUGAAAAACUCAUUUGGCCAAAUGGGCUAGCCAUUGAUUUCGAAAUGAAACGGCUCUACUGGGCAGAUGGUGGAAUGAAAAGCAUCGAGUACAUUGACCUCGAAGGCAAAGGAAAACCAGUACGUGUUCAUUCGGACUUGCCUCAUCCAUUUGGGCUAGUGAUUUAUCAAAACAAAGUCUACUGGACUGAUUGGGAUACCAAAAGUAUCCAUCGUGCUAAUAAAGACACUGGAAGUAAUUCCGUGGUCGUAAGAUCCGAGAUUUCAGGGUUGAUGGAUGUGAGAAUGUUCCACCGAAAUCGGACCGUAGUUCCUAAUCCUUGUGGUAAAGAUAAUGGAAAAUGCUCCCAUCUGUGUCUGCUGACCUCAAAAAGCAUUCAGCCGCAGAGGUACUCAUGCGUGUGUCCUACUGGCCUAAUUCUUGAGCCUAAUUCAAAUAAAAAGCAAUGCAGGAAAAUUCCGAAUACUUUUAUAAUCUUCGCGCAUCGCGUUGACAUACGAUUUAUAUCCUUCGACACAGAUUACCGUGUCGACGUAGCUCUGCCUAUAAAUUUCUUGAUAAAUGCAACGGGUGUAGACGUCGACCGAAAGACCGGCCAGAUUUAUUGGACGGAUCCUGGCGCAGAUAUCAUCAGCCGGGCGAGCUUCGAUGGAAAGCAUAUAGAGACUAUCAUUUCUUCAGGGAUCGAUACUGUUGAUAGCUUGGUCGUGGAUUCGAUUGGCCGGAAGCUUUAUUGGACAGACGCUGGACUAAACAGCAUCGAAGUAUCUGAGCUAGAUGGCAGCAACCGCAAAGUCUUGAUCUGGUCGGGUCUUGACAAUCCGCGAGCGAUCGCACUUCACUAUAAGCUCGGGCUGAUGUUUUGGACAGGCUGGGGUCAGAACGCGAGGAUCGAACGCGCUAAUAUGGAUGGUCAGGAACGAAUGACUGUAAUCUCAGAGGAUCUCGUCUGGCCCAAUGGAUUGACGGUUGACGUGGCCACGAACAAGCUCUACUGGAACGACGCUAAGCGAAAAGUUAUCGAAUUCUCGGACCUAGAUGGGACGAAUAGAAAAGUCCUGGUAAAAAGUGUCCAGCAUCCUUACGGACUGGCUUUGAUGAAUGGAUUCAUAUACUGGAGUGACUGGAUGACUAAAGCGAUUCAUCAGGCCAACAAAACUACCGGCGCUGAUGCUAAAAUUCUCGUGGACAAGUUGGACGGAAUAAUGGACGUUCAUACCAUCACGCCUAGAGAUACCGACGAUGUCCAAGACGCCUGUAUCAAGAAGAGGUGCAGUCAUCUAUGCCUCCGAAAUCCUCACGGUGCUUCUUGUGCCUGCCCAACAGGAAUCCUGGGAUUCGGACAAACGCUUGAUAACUGCCACGAGUUUCCCAUUAAUUCCCUUUUUUUAACUGGCCAGAAAGGUCUCGCACGCAUAUCACUAGACACUCCGGAAAUGAGGGACAUAACUCUCCCAACGGAUGAUAGAAUCGUUCAACCAGACUCGGUUGACUUCUAUUGGAACGAGCAUAUCAUAUUCUUCGCUGACGAGUCAUACAGAGGCAAUGGGAACAAAGUGAUUCGCUCUGGCAAAAUGAGCAAGAUCACUGAUGGAUUCCCGGUUGUUACCGAGAAGUCGGACUCGUACUUCCUGUUUGCCGUGGACUGGAUCAGUGGAAACAUAUAUUUCACAGACCAGCGAAGAAGUACCAUUGAAGUUAUUCACAGAGGGGGAUUCAAUCGAAUGACUUUGAUCAAUGACACUGAGGAUACCGAGCACUGGUUCGCAAGUAUCGCUCUGUUCCCUAAGCUGGGCUACAUCUUCUGGUGCAGGCUGGGCAAGAAUUCAAACAUACAGAGGGCGUAUUUGGAUGGCAGUAAUCGCCGAGUGAUUGUUUCUAAUAAUUUGGCGGAUCCUAAUGGACUGACGAUCGAUUACGAUAAUCGGAAGCUCUAUUGGGCGGACAUGAGGAACAAUAGGAUUGAAAUGUCUGACCUCAAUGGGAAUUACAGGGUCCAGUUGAUCGCGGCUGCUGAUAAUCCUUACGGGCUGACUUUGCUUGGAGACUACAUCUACUGGAUCGGUCAUCUUGGAACCAGUUCGAGUUUGAAGAGGGCAGAUAAGGCGACGGGAAGCAAUAGAAUAAAUAUACGGACUUCCAUGUCGGUGAUCACGAAUAUCAGAGCAGUAUCGGCUAGUCUGCAAAAGGGAUGGAAUCCUUGCGCUGAAGGAAAUGGCGGAUGCACGCACUAUUGCUUCUUUGUUAAGAAAAAUUACACGUGCGCUUGUCCAGUUGGUGCUGAAAAUGACUUUUCGUGUUCGGUUAGGCCCAAAAAGUGGGUUCCUAUUAGAAAACCGGGAACUGAAAAUGACCCGGACUAUGACCAUGACGAGGACGAAAGGCCUGUGGAGGUGAUUCCUAAGACGACUUAUCGGGAAAAAGACGACAAGUUUUUGAACAAUAAAAAUGUUAAGAACAAAACGUACACUACCAUGACCAUAACGAUUGUCGUCGUGGUAACGAUCACUAUUAUUAUAAUUGCUGCUAUCAUCUACUUGGUCUGCCAGAGAAAACCUAAGCAGGAAAAAUACAUGUACGGAAAAAGAAGAAAUGUCAUGACCUUUUCAAACCCAAAUUAUAAUGCUUCCGCAGCGGACAGUGUCGCCAAUUCAGCAGGGACGGAGAAAAAAGGCAUUUGGAAAAGACUCAAAUACGACAGUUCGCAGGAAAGAGUUUAUGAAGAUAAUGGACAGACAUCGAGUCCGGAAGUAACUUCACUGAUACCGCCAUCAGCAACACCCAGCAGCAGUAGAGCGCCAUCUAUCACUCCGAGAGAGACAUCGCCAUCUUUGAUACACAUCACCCACAUCGCGGGUUAAUUUAUCUGUAGUUAUUAAACUAAUUGACCGUUUUUUAUCGAAAAAAAUUAUUUGUUGUCUGCUACAGUGAACUUUUACGUUGAUUUCGUUCUUUUUAAAUUUUUUUACGCGUCGAUUUUUAAAAAAAAAAUUUUUUGAGUAUCAGUUUAUAGAUUUAUGUAUAUAUUACAUUUCGUAAAUACUUAAUUAAUUUUUUUGGUGUUGCUAGUAAUUUUAUACCAAGUAAAUAAAAUUAAUUUAUAUUUUUGUAGCAAAAUAUAAAGAGCGGGAUUACUGUGAAGUAUAAAAAUAUAUGUAAAGAAAACAACCAGGUGUAAUAUGUAUAUUUUUUCUAUGACAAUUAGUGGGUAUUUGAAUAAUUGAAAGAUAAUUAAAUAUUUUUAUCUGACUGGAUUAUAAUUUCUUUGUCCCAGCGGGCCUAGGACAUAAAUUUUUCUUGUGAAAAAGUAUUUAUUGGUUUAUUUAUUUAAAUAAUUGAUUAAUUAAUUAAGAACACCAAUUUUUUUAAAUAAUUAGAUGGGCAAAUAAUUUUAUUUGGCAUAAUGAAAAAUAAUUAACAGGGAUUUAUAAAUAAAUAAUCAAUAAGUAUUAUAAAGUUUAAAAUUGUGUAACGAAAUAUCGGAAAUUUUAAAUGUAAAAAAAUUUUAAUGUUUAAAUUUGAAUACUGUACUGUUGAUAAUUAUUUUUUUUUUGUAAAAAAAAUUUUAUAGAGCUCAAGGAUUUAUUGUGAUAAAUUAGUUACAAAUUUUGAUUUCUAUUCGUGCAAAAAUGAUCAGAUAUGAUCAUAUGUGAGCAUUAUAAAUAUGACGUAUAAGUUUCAUAUAUGUCAGCUGUAGUUAUAUAUGAUCAUAUGAGUGUCAUAAAUACAAUAUAUGAUCAUGUGAAUAUCAUAAAUAUGACAUAUUAUCAUGUGGGGUCAUACAUGAUCAUGUGAAUAUCAUAAAUAUGACAUAUUAUCAUGUGGGGUCAUAUAUGAUCGUAUGUGUCAUAUAUGUCAUGUGUGGUUAUAUGUGACCAUUCUAGCGUCAUAUAUAAUCAUAUAAGUGUUAUAAAUACGAUAUACGAUGAAGUGAAGUCAUAUAUGAUCGUAUGUGUCAUAUGUGGUCACAUAUGACCAUUCGAGCGUCACAUAUAAUCAUAUAAAUGUCAUAAAUACAAUAUAUGAUAGGAUAAGGUCCUAUAUCAUCGUAUGUGUCAUAUAUGACAUAUGUGUUCACAUAUGACCAUUCGAGCGUCAUAUAUAAUCAUAUAAAUGUCAUAAAUACAAUAUAUGAUGGGAUGAGGUCCUAUAUGAUCGUAUGUGUCAUAUAUGACAUAUGUGUUCACAUAUGACCAUUCGAGCGUCAUAUAUAAUCAUAUAAAUGUCAUAAAUACAAUAUAUGAUGGGAUGAGGUCCUAUAUGAUCGUAUGUGUCAUAUAUGACAUAUGUGUUCACAUAUGACCAUUCGAGCGUCAUAUAUAAUCAUAUAAGUGUCAUAAAUACGAUAUAUGAUAAAGUGAAGUCAUAUAUGAUCAUACGGUUGCUAUAAAUACCAUAUAUGGUCAUAUGGGAUCAUAUUAGCGUCAUAUAUGAUCAUAUUAGUGUCAUAUAUGCUCGAAUAUGGUCAUGAAUAUCAUAUAUGAACACAUGAGUGGUAAUAUGAUCAUAUAGUGUCAUACAUAAUCGUAAGGGUGUCAAAAAUGUCAUAUAUGGUCAUAUGAGUGUUAUAUAUCAUACUUGAUCAUAUAUAUGUGCUAUAUAAUUAUAUGAGUGUCAUAUAUGAUUAGAUUCAAUAAUUUUUUCUCGGAUAAUUUGAUGAAUUACAAAAAAAAUUAACAACCGCGUGCAGUCCACGCAAAUGAAGUUUAUAAUUUGACUUGAGUUGGUAAAUUAACCAUUUUUUUUUUAUUUUAUGUAAUCUCCUAAAUUAAAAACGAGAUUGAUGUUGAUAAAUUUCGAAACGGCUCAUUUCAAGUUAUCGAACUGACAUCUCGUUGUUUUAAAAAAAAUCAUAUAUAUUAAUAUGAUAAAAAGGGCGUAAGAUAAAUGGUUUAUGGUGCCAAAGUGAUGAUAA